AUGAGACGAGGUGGAGGGACACUCAAAGGCAAAGGCAGUAAAUUUGGCGCUGCUCCUCGAGUUCGUCUAAAAGAAGAAUCCCGCCAAGAAGAAAGUUCUGUCCCAGAAGAUGAUCUUAUCAGUGAAGCAGCACAAGGCCUAAAAGGUUUUGAUGACGUUCCACGACUAAGUGAAAAAGACCUAGACCAAGAUAUCGAGCGUAUAUUAACUCCAUCCAAUCCUCAAGGAUCUCAAAACAUUGCUUAUUUUUCUUAUACUGUCUUAUCUAAUUAUUAUUAAAACAAUAUUGUUUUUUUAAAAAAAAAAUUCAGCCUAUUCAGUAUACAAAGAUCGUCAAUUCAAAAGAGACGACUUAGUGGACCAAAUGAUCAUUCAUUUCGCCCAGGACGGCUUUUUUUUAUUAAAAGACAGCAAUGAAGCGAGAGACCAAGAAGAAUUUAUUGACUCAAAAACUCUUGAAGCAGAAGCUCAAAUUAAAGCAUCUUCAGUCGACACAGGAACAGUCCAGCUUUCACCUGAAGCUCUAAUGAAAUCUUUGAGAAACCAAUUUAAUUAUGCUGAAAGAACAGCCCAGUCUUUCUCAAUCCCUAUAAAAGAACGAGGAAUUUCAACUGAGCCACCUCCUACUAGAAGUUUUUCAGGGACAGUUACACAAUGGGAUAUUUAUGACAAUUUUAUGUCAGAACUUGAUAAAAAACGACAAACAGAACAUGCAGAAAAAGAGAAAGAAAAGGAAAAAGAAAAAGAUACAAAAAAGAGCACAAAAAAGAGAGAGAGGAGGGAAGACCCUAUGUAUUCGAAUGAAAUGAGCUAUUCACUAAAAAUUAUGGAAAGAAUGGUGAACCAGAAUGAUUUGCAGAAUACUUAUCAUAUUUAUAAGUAUUUUGAUGGAAAUGCUGAUAACCAUAGGACAAGUGAAGGGUCACUCAGUGAUUUGUGGAUUUUUGGGUCAGAAAAAACGAAGAAAAAAGAAGUUACUUCAUUAGUAUAUUUUUAUAAAAAAUAUAAUAAAAAAUGCUUAAAAAAGCACCUUAUUUUUUAUAAAAAAAUAGAAAGUAUUAUUUAAUCAAUAAAUUUCACUUUUGUUAUAUAAAAUAUGAAAUCCAAGAUACCAUGAUAUGUUUGCUGUUGGCUAUGGCUCCUACAGCUUCAUGAAAAAAUCUACAGGCCUCAUUUGUUGCUAUUCUUUAAAAAAUACCAGAUACCCUGAAUACUUUUUUACAACCCAGCAUGGCGUUAUGUGCUUAGACUGGCACCCUCAGCACCCCGCUCUCCUUGCAGUCGGACUUUAUGACGGCACAGUUCUUGUAUUUGACGUCCGCGCAAAACACAAAAAGCCUAUAUACCAAAGCACAGUCAGAACCAACAAGCAUACAGACCCUGUCUGACAAGUCAAAUGGCAAGACGACGACAUGAUGAAAAAUUUAAGUUUUUUUUCCAUUUCCAGCGACGGCAGAGUCACAAACUGGGUUUUAAUGAAAAACAAGCUGGAAGCUGAAGAAGUCAUCAAGCUAAAACUAGUCAGCGGCCAACGAGAAGGCGAAGAAGACAUGGAAACUGCUUUAAGCGGCCUCGCUGGAGGCACUUGUUUCGAUUUUAACCCCUUUUUUGAGCAUUUAUUCAUAGUAGGAACCGAAGAAGGAAAAAUCCACAAAUGCAAUAAAGCCUAUUCAGGGCAAUAUUUAGAAACUUAUGAUGGGCAUUUUAUGGCAGUUUAUAGUGUUAAAUGAAAUAAAUUCCACCCAAAAAUAUUUUUAAGUGCAAGUGCUGAUUGGACCGUUAAAAUGUGGGACCAUACCAUAAAAGCGCCAUUACUUACAUUUGAUUUAGGAAUUGCAGUUGGAGAUGUCGCAUGGGCGCCUUAUUCCUCGACGCUUUUUGCAGCUAUAACAGCUGAUUCUAAAUGCCAUAUAUAUGAUUUAGCACAAGAAAGACUAUCAGAGAUAUGUGAUAAGAGGGUAAAAAAUGGGAAAUGCAACCACAUUGCGUUUAACCCAAGCCAGUUUAUUAUUCUUGUAGGGACUGAUAGAGGGACUGUGUAUUCGUUUAAACUGUCACCGAAUUUAAGGAAAACAGUACAAGUGACUGAGGAAGAUGCUGCAGCUGGUAUCACUCAAAGUGCAAAAGAAGUAAAGAAACUAGAAGAAAUAAUAGAAACAAUAGAUAGGACUGUUUAUUAA